AUGGAGCAACAACAACAACUACAACGCCGACGAGGAUAUGAAAAUAUGCAGAAUAUUGGGCUUAUUAAUGGUAGCGGGAUUGUGCCAUGGGGGAUGCGGGUUAAGAAGCAAGUUAGCAAGGAGGUCAGGAGAGUGGAUCCGCCUAAUGAUAUGAGGAGAGCAGUCGCUAUUAGGGAGAUGAUGAAAGCACAGGCGGCUCGGGAGUCGGAGACGCUAGCGGAAGUUCAGAGGGAGAUUAAUCAACCGGUAAUAAGCAGAGUAGAAGUGAAUAGAGCGGGUGGAGCCAGUGAAGGUAUUCAAGUGACGCAAGAAGUCAAGUUAGUUGAAGAAACUAAGGAGGAAGUUAAGAAGGGAGCCAAGGAGGAAGCCAAGAAGGAGGCCAGUAGAGAAGCCAAAAAGGACACGAAGAAGCCAGAGGAGACGAAGGGAAACAUCAAACAAGAGGUGAAGAAAACUUCGAAGCGAAGACAAGAAGUUAAGAUUCAGACGAUGCGAGCCCAAGAGGCCGAUGACCCUGACAUGGAAAGAUUUGGGUAUGGAGGAUGGGCAGGGGAGUUUAUGGACAAACUUCGUCGUCGUCGAAGAAGUAGCUCCAGUAAACAUCGGGAUUAG